AUGGCGACCCCGGCGCCAAAAGAGGGUGCCGGCAUCUUGAGCGCCUCGAUUCUAGGCGACCUUCUCGAAAACUCACGAAAGCUACGAAAUGAUACGAAGCUACCGGAUUUACCAUCUAUACAGCUCGGUUUGGGCGAAAUAGAACGCCGUGCGAAGAACCUGCAAGGCGGGGAUCCGUCGCGGAGUGUUGACGCCAGGGCGCAUUACCUGUUACAAGCAGCUGGCGUCAACUCUGAGCAGGCGCUCAAGGAGCUUGAGUCUGUAGAUUUCAAUUUCGAGGAAGCACCCGUUAGAACUACCGUCACCGGACAAGUUGAUAUAGACAUUGAUGGAUUUUUGAGAAAUCGCAAGGAGCAAAGCAUCAGCAAGGCCAUCGAAGAAGGGAUCAAACGAACUACCUUGGAAUUCGAAUCUUAUCUUCUUAAUAACCUGAAUAUUGAUUGGGACGACCAAAGAAAGAAGAUUUAUGAACACUUUGGGCUUACUAAGCCUUCGGAUGGGGCACAAAACACACCUUUUGGUCAGUCGUCGUUUGGGGCCUCCCUGGCUAGCCGCGCUGGCGGGAGCACGUAUGGUAGGAGUAGACUCACACAUGCAAGUUUGGGAUCGUUGGUUCUCGGUACACCACCAAAGGUUGGAAAUCAGGCAUGGGCAUUCGAAGAUACCGUCAAGGAGCACCAAGGAGCUCCAAUGGAGCAAAUGUUCAACCGCCAGGCGAACUAUGCCAAAACUGUCCAGAAGUUGAACGAUGCAAGGACGGGGGGCGCCUCCCCCAAACUGAUCGAAAGCUUCCUAGAUGUCACGAGGUCAUCUUCAGACUUAAUAUCCACACAAUUGAACGAUGCAUGGAAGAUGUUGCAUUCGAUUGUGGGCGAAACAGGGGAUAUCAAUGGACCUAAGGAACGACAGUUCGCAAAGGCCUAUCUAAAGGCGGAUUAUAAUAGCCAAGAAGCGUUGAUUCUGCGCCAACGAAUCGAGAGCGGGGCGCGAGGCUUUUUAGAAUCGACUUUCUACGCUCAGGUUGAAGAUACCGUCGCAAGAUUCCCAGACGAGGCCAAGGUUGGAGGCAUCCCAGAUCCGGAGUUUAAAGUCAAGGGCUUUAUCAAUGUCCGGAUGAGCCAGUCGAGAGACAAAUACAAAGAAGUCACCUUUGAAUCUGUCAACGACUGGCCCGGCUGGGGUGUCGUUUUCUACCUAAUCCGCUGCGGUAAAGUUUCCGAAGCGGCUGGCUUCGUCCAGAAACAUGCAGACUCGUUCGCCAAACUCGAGAAGAACUUCGUUCACUACAUCACAGCCUACGCCAAUUCCCCAGAUCGACGGUUGCAGCGCAACCUACUAGACCGAUUGCAUGCGGAAUGGAAUCAGCGUAUCAAGUUCCGAGCUGAGGGAAUGGAUCCUUAUAAACACGCUUGUUACAAGAUCAUUGGACGAUGCGAACUGCAAAAGAGGGUCCUACAGGAUAUCUUGCCAACUGCAGAAGAUUGGAUGUGGCUCCAGCUGGUUCUUACCCGAGAAUCAACUGCCGGGGACGAGCCUGCUCCAGAGGUUUAUACCAACGCAGACCUGAGAAAGGCCAUUGUUGGAUUCGGUGGGCCGCACUUCGGGCUUGCUAAUAGUAACUUUAUUCUGUAUUUCCAAAUGCUGUUAAUGGCAGGCCUUUUCGAAACGGCUGUCCAAUAUCUCUACUCCUUCCUCUACGUCGAUGCCGUCCAUUUCGCCAUUGCUCUUAGCUAUUACGGUUUAUUGAGAGUAGCUGAUGAGACCGGGGCAAACCACACCAACUUGCUGUCGUAUGCCAAAGGAAGAUCAAGACAGGAAGAGCAAGAAGCUCGAAUUAACUUUGCUCGUCUCGUCGGGCACUACACACAGGAUUUCAGAAAGACCAACAGUGAAGAGGCCGUCGAUUAUCUUUCGCUAAUCUGUUUAAAUAGCGAUGUUGGUGGGGAACAGCAGCUCAGACUUUGCCAUGAAGCCCUAAGAGAGCUUGUUCUGGAAACUCGUGAUUUUGCUAGACUGUUGGGUGAUGUCAGAUCCGAUGGCUCCCGAGAGCGAGGUACCAUCCAAAGGCGCCUCAGAGUCCUCAAGUUGAGCAAUGAAGAUGAAUAUCUUCAUACAAUCACCCAUCAAGCGGCCGCUCAAGCUGAUGACGAUGGGAGAACAUCAGACGCCAUCCUUUUGUAUCACUUGGGCGAGGACUACGAUACUGUCGUUUCCUUGGUGAACAAGAACCUCAGUGAUUCAUUAGCGGCGGGCGAAACUGACGACAACUGGAUUGGCAGCAAUCCAACUGUUGGAUUAAAUGCCCAGGGUCAGCCAAUCAACCAGAGUAUUUCAUUGACUUCGGUUGAAGACCCCGCUCAGCUCGCAAGGAAUAUUAACGAAGUCUACUCGAGAAACGCCUCGAUAUACGGCAAAGUGUCCAAGCAAAACUGGGAAUCCUGUGGUGUGCUUAUCCGUAUUGACGAAGCCAAGAAGCUCUAUCGUGCCAACAGACCCGAGGAAUGCCUCCAGCGCAUUGAAAGCCUUGAUGUCAUCCCACUUAGCCCCAACGCUGAUAUUGGAGCUAUCCGCCGUCGUGCACAAAACUUCGCAACAUUGCACGAAACUGUGUCGCGCACCAUUCCACAGCUACUUGUCAUGAGCGUCAACUGUACUAAUAGGCUUUUGACAAUACUGAAGAACGCCAGCUUCCAGGAUGCGGCAAAGGAACUUAAGAUUAGGGAGCUGAGCGGCAAGGGACGAAGUGCAUUGAUCUAUGCAGGAAUGAUCCAAUAUAAGAUGCCCCCAGAUGUCUAUAGCCAGAUGACUUCGAUGGAGUAG